AUGGCACCUACUCGUCGCGUCGCCGUUAUUCAGUGGCAUAUCAAGGAAGUGGCCAUUGAAGAGAACUAUGCAGCUGCAUGCAAGUACAUCCGCGAAGCUGCCGCUGAAGGCGCAGAACUAGCCGUUCUCCCUGAAUACCACCUCAGUGCUUUCGUGCCUUCCGACCCUCGCUGGGCAGUCCAGGCGGGCGAAUCCGCCAAAUUCCUCGCCCGUUACCAGGCACUGGCCAAGGAGUUGAAGAUCUGUCUUGUACCGGGAACCAUUAUCGAGAAGGAGCAGGGGCCCGAUGGGUCCGAGCUGUUCUGGAAUACGGCGUACUUCAUUUCCAACGACGGGUCUAUUCUCGGCUUUUACCGCAAGAAGAACAUCUGGCACCCUGAACGCUCGACUCUGGCCUCGUCCGGGCUGGAUCGCCAUGUCGCCAUUGACACGCCGAUUGGCCGCGUGGGCAUGCUGAUCUGUUGGGAUCUCGCCUUCCCCGAGGCAUUCCGCGAACUGAUUGCGGACGGUGCAGAUAUCGUGGUUAUUCCCACUUUCUGGACACCGCAUGACGCUUCACUGGAAGCGCGCUCCUUUAAUCCCGAUGUCGAGGCGUUGUUCCUAGACUCGACUCUGACUGCGCGCUGCUUUGAGAAUACCUGCGGUAUCAUCUUUGCUAAUGGUGCGGGUCCCGGAGAGAAUUUCCUGGGUCUUUCGCAGGUCACAAUGCCCCUUGUAGGGCCUAUUGCCAAGAUGGGCAAUGAGGAAGGCGUGCGGGUUGUGGAUAUGGAUUUGGGGAUUUUGGAUGUCGCGGAGAGGAACUACAAGGUGCGGCAGGAUUUGAAGAAGGAUGAUUGGCAUUACGUGUACCGGCAUACGGUGAAUCAAUAA